CAUCAUUUGGGCCAGGUGGCAGCCCUUCGGCUUGGAAAGAAAACAAGAACGAACGAAGCGUGCAAGCGGUGUGUUUUCACCAAAAUAUUUAUAAGUGAAUAAAUUAUAUUAAAAUAGAUACAUAAUGGAUGACGGAGAAUACGAUAACGAUGAUGUCGGCGGCGGUGACGAUUUCGACGAUGUUGAUGACGACGUUGACGAGGACAUUGCCCAAGAGGAAGAAGUGGACAACAUUGAGAUAAUUACACCCGGUAUCGCUGGAGGUGGUGGUGUGCCCAAAUCCAAACGCAUUACUACCAAAUAUAUGACGAAAUACGAGCGCGCACGCGUCUUGGGCACGAGAGCACUGCAAAUUGCCAUGUGCGCGCCAAUUAUGGUUGAACUGGAUGGCGAGACGGAUCCACUGCAAAUAGCAAUGAAGGAGCUAAAGCAAAAGAAGAUUCCAAUUAUAAUACGCCGCUUUCUGCCCGAUCACUCGUACGAGGACUGGAGCAUAGACGAGCUUAUCAUGGUGGAUAACUAGCCGGGGUAGAUAUAGGAACAUAAAUGGAAUAAACCAUAAUAGCUAUUAGACAUUUAUUACUCUUUGCAAAUAUACAUACUUAAUUACA